AUCCAUUCAAGAUCGACAUACAAGGCCGAACAACCAAUAAGCAUUGCAGAUUUCGGUACUGCGGAUGGACUCGCCUCCCUGUCUAUCAUCAAUGAAAUGAUAGACAUCAUACACACGGAGCUGGGACAGAAACAAGCCGUCGUCAUAUUCUAUAACGAUCAACUAAUGAACAACUUUAACCGACUAAGCAAAGUUAUCGGAGGUGGUAUAUGUCAAUAAACAACAUUUGUCUGUUAAACCUGUUCUUAGGGAACCUCUUUAUACAGGAUACUUUUCUGCAAAGGACAGUCCCAUGAAACCCACUCCUUGUAAUUUAUUAUAUAAUUAAUCUCUGUAUGAAAAGAACACCUGUUUAUAAAUGAUACGUUUGAUCUGUCCCUUUGGUGUCCUUUAUUGACAGAUUUGACAGUAUCUAAAAUGAAGGUAAAACCUAUUUGAUCAUCCGUUAUAAAUACACAAUCAAUUUGUUAAAAAAGAUUAAGUCUGGCAUCAUAGUAAGUAUCACUUUUUUGUUUGCAAAUCAUUAUUACUUGUGUUGUGACAUCAGGUUACGGACAUGGUCCCGGACUAACUCUCACUGGUAACGUCUACCCAGUUAUUGUACCGAGGACAAUGUAUGAACAGUGUCUCCCAGAUAAUUCACUCGAUCUGGCUAUAUCUUCUGUAGCUACACAUUACUUAUCUAAACAGGUUUGUCAAAUUAAAAACGGAGUAUUCAUGGGCGAGGCAGAUGUCCAAGAACAGGCUUUAAUGAGAGAACAAGGAAAAACAGAUUGGAGGAAGUUUGUAAUUUCCAGAGGACGGGAGCUUAAACCCGGUGGAGUUUUGAUUACCAUGAACGUAUCAUUAGACAAGGACAACAAUACACCGACAUUGAUAGACAAGGGACUUGGCUAUCUCGGCAGUUUUGUUUCUGAAAUGGCAAAAGAAGGCGUGAUCACUCAGGAGGAAUAUCUUUCAACAACCUAUCACAUCCAUUACAUGCGAACUCCAGCUGAUUUUGAAGAACCGUUUAUCAAUGACGUUCCGGAAAUAGAGGAACUUGGAUUGGAAUUGGUGUCAGUGAAAACAAUUAAACAGCAUCUUCAACACCCAUUGUUUGAUACUGCCAAUAAAGGCAAUGGGGAGAGGUUGGACUAUUCCCGGAGAAUAGUUGCUAUGGUCUACCCUUGGUUUCAUCAUGUUCUUUAUAUGGGUCUCUCACUUUCCCGAACUGAGGAAGAAAAAGAAAUGGUUAUUGGUCAAUACUUCAGGAGAUUGCAGACGUAUGCGUUUGAACAUUCCGACAAUAAACCAUAUGUAACUAUGACGGAAGUUGUCUUUAAAAAACGUUAACUAUAUCAGACAAAGAAACUAUUUUAUACAUGAAUGCUAUAUUGAUCAGUCUGCCUGUAUCAGAAUGUAUAGGAUAUAUCAUUAUUUGUUUGAUGGUGUGAAAUCUUCUGAAAGUCGUAUUCAGGAUUACACUAGGCCUAAGAGCUAACACGUAAAUGACACAUUAAUAUAUGGAUUUUACGAUAAUUACAGUGUCUACAGAAAGAAUGUACGAAAGACAAACUAAAGGGAUAUGUAUGUAUACAUUUAGCAAAGGAUAUUGUGAAUAUAAAGAAAAUAAAGCUG